CGCCGCAAGGGGCUGAGGGAGGGGAGGCGGGAAGCGGCUUAGUGGGCGCGGGGUCGCGCAGUUCCCUCUGGCGAGCGCUGAGGAGCUUGCGAAAUGGCGGUGCAGCCGAGGGAGAUGCUGCAGCUGGAGAGCGCGGCCGAGGUCGGCUUCGUGCGCUUCUUCCAGGGCAUGCCGGAGAAGCCGGCCACCACGGUGCGCCUUUUCGACCGCGGCGACUUCUACACGGCGCACCGUGAGGACGCGCUGCUGGCCGCCCGGGAGGUGUUCAAGACCCAGGGGGUGGUUAAGUACAUGGGGCCGGCAGGAGCAAAGACUCUGGAGAGCGUUGUGCUUAGUAAAAUGAAUUUUGAGUCUUUUGUAAAAGACCUUCUUUUGGUUCGUCAGUAUAGAGUUGAAGUUUAUAAGAAUAGAGCUGGAAAUAAGGCCUCCAAGGAGAAUGAUUGGUAUUUGGCAUUUAAGGCUUCUCCAGGUAAUCUUUCUCAGUUUGAAGACAUUCUCUUUGGUAACAAUGAUAUGUCAGCUUGCAUUGGAGUUGUGGGCAUUAGAAUGUCUACUGUUGAUGGCCAAAGACAGAUCGGAGUUGGGUAUGUUGACUCCAUACAGAGGAAACUAGGGCUGUGUGAGUUCCCUGAUAAUGAUCAGUUCUCAAAUUUGGAGGCUCUUCUGAUACAGAUUGGACCAAAAGAAUGUGUUUUACCAGGAGGAGAGACUUCUGGAGACAUGGGAAAACUGAGGCAGGUUAUUCAGAGAGGAGGAAUUCUGAUCACAGAAAGAAAAAGAGCUGACUUUUCUACAAAAGAUAUUCAUCAAGACCUCAAUCGGUUGUUGAAAGGCAAAAAGGGUGAACAGAUGAAUAGUGCUGUCUUGCCAGAAAUGGAGAAUCAGGUUGCAGUUUCUUCAUUGUCUGCAGUAAUCAAGUUUUUAGAACUCUUAUCAGAUGAUUCAAACUUUGGACAGUUUGAAUUGACUACUUUUGACUUCAGCCAAUACAUGAAAUUGGAUAUUGCAGCAGUUAGAGCCCUUAACCUUUUUCAGGGUUCUGUUGAAGAUACCACUGGCUCUCAGUCUCUGGCUGCACUGCUGAAUAAAUGCAAAACCCCUCAAGGACAAAGACUAGUUAACCAGUGGAUUAAGCAGCCUCUCAUGGAUAAGAACAGAAUAGAAGAGAGGUUAAAUUUAGUGGAAGCUUUUGUAGAAGAUGCAGAAUUGAGGCAGAGUUUACAAGAAGAUUUACUUCGUCGAUUCCCAGAUCUUAACCGACUUGCCAAGAAAUUUCAAAGACAAGCAGCAAACCUACAAGAUUGUUACCGAAUCUAUCAGGGUAUAAACCAACUCCCUAAUGUUAUUCAGGCUUUGGAAAAAUAUGAAGGAAAACACCAGCGAUUGUUGUUGGCAGUUUUUGUGACUCCUCUUAUUGAUCUUCGUUCUGAUUUCUCCAAGUUUCAGGAAAUGAUAGAAACAACUUUAGAUAUGGAUCAGGUGGAAAACCAUGAAUUCCUUGUAAAACCUUCAUUUGAUCCUAAUUUGAGUGAAUUAAGAGAAAUAAUGGAUGACUUAGAAAAGAAAAUGCAGUCAACAUUAGUAAGUGCUGCUAGAGAUCUAGGCUUGGAACCUGGCAAACAGAUCAAACUGGAUUCUAGUGCACAGUUCGGAUAUUACUUUCGUGUAACAUGUAAGGAAGAAAAAGUCCUUCGUAACAAUAAAAACUUUAAUACAGUAGAUAUCCAGAAGAAUGGUGUUAAAUUUACCAACAGUAAAUUGACUUCUCUCAAUGAAGAGUAUACCAAAAAUAAAACCGAGUAUGAGGAAGCCCAGGAUGCCAUUGUGAAAGAAAUUGUUAAUAUUUCUUCAGGCUACGUGGAACCAAUGCAGACACUCAAUGAUGUGUUAGCUCAGCUAGAUGCUGUUGUCAGCUUUGCUCAUGUGUCAAAUGGAGCACCUGUUCCAUAUGUACGACCUGUCAUUUUGGAGAAAGGACAAGGAAGAAUUACAUUGAAAGCAUCCAGACAUGCUUGUGUUGAAGUUCAAGAUGAAGUUGCAUUUAUUCCUAAUGAUGUUCACUUUGAAAAAGAUAAACAGAUGUUCCACAUCAUUACUGGCCCUAAUAUGGGAGGUAAAUCAACAUAUAUUCGCCAAACUGGAGUUAUAGUCCUCAUGGCCCAAAUUGGGUGUUUUGUGCCAUGUGAGUCAGCAGAAGUGUCCAUUGUCGACUGCAUCUUGGCCCGAGUAGGGGCUGGUGACAGUCAAUUGAAAGGAAUCUCCACAUUCAUGGCUGAAAUGUUAGAAACUGCUUCUAUUCUCAGAUCUGCAACCAAAGAUUCCUUAGUAAUCAUAGAUGAGUUGGGAAGAGGAACCUCUACCUAUGAUGGAUUUGGGUUAGCAUGGGCUAUAUCAGAGUACAUUGCAACAAAGAUUGGUGCUUUUUGCUUGUUUGCAACCCAUUUUCAUGAACUUACUGCUUUGGCCAACCAGAUACCUACUGUUAAUAAUCUACAUGUCACAGCACUAACCACUGAAGAGACCCUAACUAUGCUCUAUCAGGUGAAGAAAGGUGUCUGUGAUCAGAGUUUUGGGAUUCACGUUGCAGAGCUUGCUAAUUUCCCUAAGCAUGUCAUAGAGUGUGCUAAACAAAAAGCCCUGGAACUAGAGGAGUUUCAGAAUAUUGGAGAAUCACAAAGAUAUGAUGAAAUGGAACCAGUAGCAAAAAGGUGCUUUCUGGAAAGAGAGCAAGGUGAAAAAAUUAUUGAAGACUUUUUAUCCAAGGUGAAGCAAGUGCCCUUUACUGAAAUGUCAGAAGAAAACAUCAUAAUAAAGUUAAAACAGCUGAAAGCUGAGGUAAUAGCAAAGAAUAAUAGUUUUGUAAAUGAAAUCAUUUCACGAAUAAAAGUUACUACAUGAGACAGUCCCACCCAUGGAAUAAAGAUAGUAUUGUUAUUACUGUAACACUUUUGUAUUGUUUUAUAUUAAUCCCUUUUCCAUAGUGUUAGCUAUUGAUGCCCAUAUCAUAUCAACUUAAUAAAAUAUUUAGUAAUAUUUUGCUCUACCUGAAUACAUUGUCAAAGAUCUUUAAUUUGAAAAAUGAGAACUGUAACUGAUGAAUAUUUAAAUGGACAUGGAAAAAGUAGGCAACAUGUUGAAUUUUACAAAUAAAAUCAUGUAGUUCAUGGAA